CCAUAAUCAGCAGAAAUCUGUGCCUGUGAAACGUUCACCUUGAGGAAAAUAAGUUAAAUACAUUAAGAUUAAUAGUGUAAUAGUCAUUUGGUCACAAUUAUAAAUGGAUUUUGAAGUGCAGCUUGGCACAGUCUAGCUGUUUGAUUGGCAUUUGAAGCCGUUUGAUGGUUAUUGGUUAUGCUGGAUUAACGGUUCUUCUCUUGAGAUUGGUGACAGUUCCCCAGCAACUGUACACUUACAAGUUGUUAUGUGAUUGUGGAAUGCAAAGAGGCAGCAAAAUGGAAGAGACUUCUUAAAGAUGCCAGAUAUUGGAUGCUGGUCGGGAAUCCUCAAGAUUUGUAAAGCUUUGAUGAAAUGGUUUUCAUCAUCGUUGAAAGGCUCGUCGACGGAGUCGAGCACCAGCUCUCUGAAGAAGCCCCGGAACCGUAACAUUUUUAGUAACUUUUUAUGCUGCUUUGGAAACACAAAUAACAACAACACACAGACAACUAACUGUCAAAUUCCUGUAGUGGAAGAAAAUGGAAACCCAAGGAGCCCUGCUGAAAAGUAUCUUCUUCCAGCUGUCCUUAAUAAGGACACAAAUAAAAAAUGUGCUGUGAUUGAUCUAGAUGAAACUCUUGUCCAUAGUUCAUUCAAGCCAAUCAGCAAUGCUGAUUUUAUAGUUCCAGUUGAAAUAGAAGGAACAGUGCACCAGGUUUAUGUUCUAAAGAGGCCUUAUGUUGAUGAAUUCUUGAAGAAAAUGGGAGAGAUGUUUGAGUGUGUAUUAUUUACUGCUAGUUUAGCUAAGUAUGCUGAUCCUGUGGCAGACUUGUUAGACAAGUGGGGCGUCUUCAGGUCAAGGUUAUUCAGGGAGUCUUGUGUCUUUCAUCGAGGCAACUAUGUCAAAGACCUUAGUCGACUAGGACGUGAUUUGGCUCAAGUCAUCAUAAUAGACAAUUCGCCGGCUUCUUAUAUCUUCCACCCAGACAAUGCUGUUGGAGUGCAGUCCUGGUUUGAUGACAUGACUGACACAGAGUUACUGGACUUGUUACCAUUUUUCGAGGGAUUAUCAAAUGUGGACAAUGUUUAUCAAGUGCUAAAAAAUCAGAAUCGCCGGAACUCUUCAUGAUGCCAGUCUGCGGUAGAGCCCUGGUCAAACACCUCUUUGAUAGAGACUAUAGUGCUUCACGGACACUGUUCUCGUCUGAUUCCGUGUGAUCCCAGAUAAGACUUGAAUCAAUCUUCAAGAGGUCUUGGAUUGUGUGGAAUCAGGUGGCCAUUGUUUGACCAUGCUUGUCUGAUGUUUUUAUGCAACUGUGACUUAAAAAAGCAAAAUAUAGAGGAAAACAUAUUUUUGUUUAACGAAUGAGUGUUACAUACUGUAUAGUAAAAGUAUAUUUUUUGUUCUUUUUGUACGUGCAACGAUAGUAUAAACCAAAAUUAAGAAUUAACUGAUUAUGUUGCAGUCUGACAUUGUUAUGAUUCUAAUUUGUUUUAGAAAAUUGUUUUAUUGUAAUUGAUUUUAAUCAAUUUUUAAUAGGAAAUCUUUACAGUCUGUUGCAUCAUUACUUUUUAUAAACAGAUGUUUUAUUUUACAGAUAUUAGAAUUUUAUGUGAUUUUAGAGCAUUAUGGGUGAUAAAAGAAAAUAGUGUGUAAAUGACUCAUUACUAAGGGCUAGAUGACUACAUUUAGUAUGAAGUUAUGUUUAACAGUUUUACAGAAAAAAAACUUUUAGUAAACACAGCUAUUCUCGUGAGGUAUAGUAUUUUAAGAGAUAGAUGCUAAGUAAGAAAUUGUAUUAAAUAUGAGAACAUACAAGGGAGAUAAUGAGCAAUAUUACAGGGCAUUGAGAUGAAAAAUAUAUUGUCUACCACAAGAUAUAUUUAGCAAAAAAAAUUAUACCUGUUAAGCAUUCAUGACUUUUCUGAUGUGUGGUUGUGACAUUUGUAAGAAAAGUCUUUUUUUUAACAUCAUUUUUAAUAUUGAAAUUUUUCUAAAAUACUUUCUCUUUUGUUGUUCCAAGAUACAUUUUUAGAAAUCAGGAUUAUAAAGACAAGAUGUAUUUGUUCAGAUUAUACAUAAGUUUGUUUUGGGGAAAAGAAAGGUACAUCUUGAUGGAUGAAUGUGAUUAAGUUUGGUCAAUGAUUUCAGUGCCUUACUUCAUCCUAGCUGUUGGGUAGUUUUUGCUUCAGAGUGUUAAUUAGUGUUCUCUUAAUCAAAAAGAUCAGCUAACAGGACUCUUGUUGUGGCUUUUUAAAUGUUUAUCUUCAAGCUUUUAUUAACAAAAAAGGUUUUCUAUCUAUUUUGUUACAUUUUCUCAGGAUUUUUGAAGUGCCCAUUUGUAAAAAAAAUUUAAUCUCAUUCUAAUAUUAAUGUGUACAUCAGUAUACUACCGGAAAUAAUCUUUUUGAAUGCUAACCUAUUAAAAUGAAGAUGAAUCAUAGUUUAGAAAAUGCUUUUAGUCUCAAUUUUAUUCACUAGUGAAAUGAUGAAAAAAUUCAAGUGAUAAAUUUUUCAAUUUAUUGCUAAAAUUGUUAGUCUUUUUCCUCCUGAUUCACCUACUGAGUUUAGAAGUAAUGAUGAUAUAUAUGCACAGAUGUUAAUUAUAAUUGGGUAACUUUUUUUUCCUCUGAUAGUUUAAAAUCCCUUGUCCAAAUCUGGCAGCUAUAAUUGCUUUAAAAAUGGUUGAUGGAUUUAUUUCAUUCUUAUGUUAACAAUUUGAAAUUCUGUUGAAGUUUCUCUUUUAUUAAAACAAAAGAUUGCCAGUCAAGUUUUGGAUUUAUGGCCAUGCUAUGUGCUGUAUCCAGCUAAGUUUUGUUUUUGCCAUCUGAGUAAAGGGCAUUUAGAUGUUUUUACUCUACAUUUUUCAGGUCAAGUAUUUUACAAAUCUGUGAUAUAAUUUUGAGAGCAGCCUUCUUUUGUUUCUUGUUUAAAGCUGUUAAUUGACGACUCUUCCUUCUUUUGUUUUGUCAGACUUCUUGCACUUUUCAUGCAAGGAUUCUAGUUUUCUUGCCUCUUGAGUUGCUUUUAUUGAAGGAAGGGCAAUCACAAUUUGAGCAGAAAUUUUGUAAACUAGAUACAGUAUUUUAAAAGGAAGAGGGUUACUAUAUAAAUUAUUUUGCUUUGCUAGCUGUGAAGAUAGGGCUGGUUUUCUCACAUCCUUUAUAAUAAGAAGGGGUGUUAAAAGCUUUGUGCUGAAUUUCCUAUUUUUGGAAGAAAAUAUUGUUACCAUUAACAGUUUUUUUAAGAAGAGUAAAAUUUUAGACUUGCAACUUGCUUUCAAUUAAAAUACAUGUAUUACUCCAAUUGAUGUUUUUUUUUCCUGGAUUGUAACUUCUUUCUGAUACCUCUCCCUCAUCUCCAGACCUUAGCAGUGCCCCACCCUCCCACCGAUAGUUCUACUAACAUUGAGGGUGUACCAGGAUUUUGAAGCCAAAUGUGCAUUCUUCUAUGUGUUACUGAAUUAUGUUAUCAAUAAAAAGUAUCUAAAAAUGUUCUUAUCAUAAAAAUAUUUAUCUAUGGUGUAAAUAUGUAUGUGAGUGUUUGGAUAUAUAAUAUAUAUAUAAAUAUAUACAUGUACUGAAGUUACUCUAUUUUCUUGUACAUACAGUACGUCUCGUUUAUUCUGGUAGUUGUUUUUACCAACAGGCAUUUAAAUUUCUUGUUGUGUGCGAGUGCCUAAAUGAGGAACCAUAUUCAGAAAGACUUGAAAAAUACCAUUUAUUUCUUUUUCCAAGUCAUCUAAUGCAAAUCGGAAAAAAAAAAUGUAUGCAUCAAUGAUAAUGUUAGAAUGUUUCAUGUAGUUUUUGAGAGGGGGUAUACACCGCUAUGCCUAAGCUAUUAAAGUUAAUCUGAUGAACAAGAAUUAUUACUCCCAUCACAAAAUAUGCAUCCUGUAGGUAAAACAUUUUUUUUUUAUAAAUGGGACAAACAUUUGUUAGAUACAAAAAUUGAAUCAUGGAAAAUAUUUUCUACUUUGUGAAUAGUGAUUUUUUUUUGUGCUUGUGAGAUUACUGCUUUUACUACUGACAGAGUCAAUAUAUAUACUAUUGUUUUAGUUUUUGGACUUCUUGAUCUUGCACAGUUGUGAUUUUUAUGAAAACUUGCAAUUCAAUGUUAGAACAGAUGGAGGAAUGAUGAACAUGUAUUAAAAUAUGUUACUGCUAUUUUCAGUUCCUAUUAAUUGAGUAGUCACACCUGUAUUGCAUUUGAAUCAAUCUUGAUCACGUAACUAUCUUUUUUUCUGAUAUUUUCUUAUUCUAGCACCUCUCUCUCUCUCUGAUUGAAUGUGUCAAUAUUCUUUCUUACCAUGUAAAUAGAGAAAUAAUUUUAGACUUUUAUACUGUAUUAUAUAAGUAAACUAACCCCAGUGGUGUUGGGUCUAGUGUAUCCAAAUGAAUGAAACGACAGAAAAUAAAUAAAACACAUCUACUUUUA